CGCCGCCUCUCCCCUCUCCGCCGGUCUGCAGCCGGGGGCUGCGUCCCUGCCGCCGGCGCUGGUCGAAGGCCGGGGGCUGCCGGCGAAUGAGCGCGGCCCGGGGGAGGCUGCGGAUGACCCGGGCGAAGGAGCUGGUGGCGUACUGCCUGCUCCUGGGGCUGUCCUUCCCCCUCCUGCUGCUGCUGCCGCUCCUCUGAGAUGCGCCGGGCGACGGCUUGUCCCCGCCGCGGUGGGACGGGAGGGAGGAGCCGGCGGGAACGCCGCUCCGCCGUCCGGCGUGCGGCCGGCGGCAGCAGCAGCCGAAGGGACUGACGCCCCGGCGGGGGACCAUGAGGAGCCCGGCCGAGCGUUGCGGCGGUGCCACCCAGCCUGCGAGGGCGGGCGCGCUGCCUCUCCCCGCGCGGGGGCCCAGCCGCGGCCUCGGCCGCGCUCUGCCCCUGCAGGUGUGAUGCCGCCGCGCUCGCCGCCCCCCCUCUCCGGCUGAACGGGGACGCCAGGCAGAGCCGCGGCGUCGCAGCUUCCCUUUCGCCUUCCCAAGUUGGGCUUCGACGGCUUGGGGCCGGCGGCGCCGCUGCCCCGAGGCGGCUCAGAUGGGCCAGCGGCCGCGGUCGCUGCCAGCGCAGGUCCCUCAGCGCGGGGCUGGCGAGCCGCGCCUCGCCGCGCUCUCUGACCCAGCCCCUGCCCCAGCGCCGCGGCCCCGCCGAGGGGCCCUCGCCUCUGUGGCCGCCGGGCGGCGGCUGUAGCCGGGAACAGCUGCCGGCCGCGGCGCUCGUGUUGCUGCAAACCCGCCGCUCUGCGGGGCGGAGUGUGUCCCUGCCGGCUUGCCGUGCGGGGAGGCGGGCCGGGGGCCGGCUGAGAUGGGAGAGAGCAUGUCCAAGAGACUGAAGCUGCAGCUGGGCGGCGAGGCGGAGAUGGAGGAGCGGGCUUUCGCCAACCCUUAUCCCGACUACCAGCCCCACGCAGCCGGAGCCGCGGCCAGCCCCAGCGCGGCGGAUGCCCGGCGGGACAGGGCGCUGGUCCCGCCGGAGGAGGAGUCUCUCCCCUUCGGCGACGAUGGGAAGGUCAGUGCUCGGUUCUCAAAACGGAUCCAGACAAAAAUCAAAGACCUUCUGCAACAAAUGGAGGAAGGGCUGAAGACAGCAGAUCCACAUGACUGCUCUGCCUAUACUGGCUGGACUGGUAUUGCCCUCUUAUAUCUGCAAUUGUAUCGCGUCACAAAAAACCAGAGCCAUUUGCAGCGAUCUCUUGAUUAUGUGAAGAGAAUCCUUCGCAAUCUGAAUGGCAGAAGAGUUACUUUCCUCUGUGGUGAUGCUGGGCCACUAGCAGUGGGUGCAGUAGUUUAUCACAAGCUGAAAAACGACAGUGAAUCUAAAGAAUGUGUUGCCAAGUUGUUGCAGCUCCAAAGGACAGUUGUAAGCACAGAUGCUGAACUUCCAGAUGAGCUGCUUUAUGGCAGAGCAGGUUACCUAUAUGCCUUGCUGUACCUGAAUACUGAAAUUGGUCCGGACACUGUCCCACAGUCUGUUAUCAAAGAGGUAAUAGAUGCUAUUAUUGAAUCGGGGAAAAACUUUUCGAAGGAAGAACGGAAAACAGACCGUUGUCCUCUGUUGUACCAGUGGCACAGGAAGCAAUAUGUUGGAGCAGCCCAUGGAGUGGCUGGGAUCUAUUACAUGCUCAUGCAGCCAAUUGCAAAUGUGGACCAGGAGACUCUGGCAGAGCUGGUGAAGCCAAGCAUUGACUAUGUGCGUCAUAAAAAAUUCCGAUCUGGGAAUUACCCAUCGUCACUGAGCAAUGAGACUGACAGACUGGUUCAUUGGUGCCACGGUGCCCCUGGCGUCAUCCACAUGCUCAUGCAAGCUUAUAAGACCUUUAAAGAAGAUAAAUACUUGAAAGAUGCUAUGGACUGUAGCGAUGUCAUCUGGCAGAGAGGUUUAUUGAGAAAAGGAUACGGGAUCUGCCAUGGUACUGCUGGCAAUGGCUACUCCUUCUUGUCUCUCUAUAACCUAACUCAGGACAAAAAGUACCUCUACCGAGCUUGCAAGUUUGCUGAAUGGUGUUUGGAGUACGGUGCGCAUGGAUGUCGUAUUCCUGACCGACCUUAUUCCCUCUUUGAAGGUAUGGCUGGAGCUAUUCACUUCCUCUCAGAUAUUUCAGUACCGGAGACUUCUCAGUUUCCAGCGUUUGAACUUGGACCUCAAAGGAGGGAAAACAAAGUGGAACAGGACAGCUAAAAGAUCAUUUUGAAAGGAAACUGAUGCCAAAAGGGAUGAGAGACUGUUUAGUGCCUCUGAUACUGAACCAACUCGACCCUGAACCGACAGAUGGAUAAACCCCUUUUUUCACCCCUGCCCCAAAGGACCAUGAAGUUGUUCGAGCAUGAAUGGGAGAAGCCACAAUUAAGUUCUGUUAAAAUGACACCUUCAGACGUAGGAGAAGAGAAGUCAAGUUUUGAACUUUCUCUCUUCCAUUGUAUUUGUCUUCUUCAGGUCUUUGACAUGCUCUGCAUGUUUAUUGGUGUUGUCUGUUGAUUGGAGUCUUUUGUUGUUAGCACAGCUGGUCUCUGUGAAUCUCUGUCCUGUACCUUGGCGCAUGACUCACAACAGCAGUGUUGCUUUCUGAAGCGUGGUUACCCAGAGAGUUCCACCUUAUGCCAGAGAGUUCACUGCAGGACAGUGCCCAGCUUCACUGGUGAGCUGGCACCUUUAAAAAGAGUUGGAAAACAUUUUAAUGUUCAUAUUUUUCUGCAUUUUUCUCCACAGUCCCUAGAAGCUAAGAUGUUGGAGAUGAGCCUUUUUUGAUGAAGAGGUAUGAGACUGUCUCAGUUUUCAGAAACUCGGCAAGUUGGAAGAGACCUGACUUGUCUUUUGCUGCUGUUGUGGGAGGUUUUUUUUAAAAGUCUGGAAGGGCGGCUCCCUUUGAUACCUGCACCUGAUUAGUAGGUUCGGUACUUAAAGCAGGCUGGAGAUGUUUGUCCCCAUCUCUGCAAAGCCCCAUCCCAUAGCAUGAGCUUAUCAAAGUGAAGGUGGAGUCACCUGUAUUAAACUCCCACGGCUGCCAAGAGCAGAGACAGCAUAACUGUGCUUCUCCUCUCCUGUGCGUGGAGUUGUAAUAAAACUGUCCUGCAGCAUCUUAUAUGCACAUGAGUAAGGGAGGGUGUCAGGGCAGUUUCUCAUGCUGUUAACUCAGGAAGAAUGAUGCUUCUGAACCAAGGCAGUGAUUUCUUUGGGGCCCUUCCCUCCCUCUCCCAGCCCUGCUGCAUUUAGCCCAUAUAGUAUGAUAGGAGCGAUAAAUACCAGCUGCUUGUGGAGGCUGCACAAGAUUAAUGAGCAAUAUGAAACGUUUGCUAUAGGCUGUAAUGGAAGUUGAUUUCAUCUUAAAAUCCAAACAGAAAAAGCCUUUUGCCCUUAGUUUUAACUUUGCUGCUAAUGCUUUGCUUCCCCUGGUAAUGUGGUGUGGUUGUGAAAUACUAGACCUGCCUCCAGGUGCUCCUGAGUAUCAGGUGGGACAUACUCUAAGUACACUUGCACCAGGCUUAUGUGUUCCAGACAAUAAGUAGGCUCCGUGCUUGGGGAAGGUAAGUCAGUGUAGCGCCCUCUCACUGGCUCAAGUUCUGUUGUCAUUCUUCGCCCAGGUGUCCCUGUGUUCUGUCAUUUCAAGUGUUUAUUUUAACUGAUCCCUUCUAUGGGGUGGCAGUGUCACAGAUGGCAGAGACUUUGACCUUUCAGGCAUGCAUUGGGAUAGAUGUGACCUGUGGGCCAUCUUUUGAGCUCCAGUGUUUGCAGUCAGGCUCGGGGAGGCACUGUUGCUCCCGCACAGACCCCUGAGUGGUAGCACAUGACUUUCUUGAACUUCAUAGUGUCUAUUGCCAAAUCCAUUCAGAUGUUGACAGUCUGCACAUUCAGUUCUGCCAGGCAAGAGCAGCAGUGCCAGUGAGGGACAGCUGAAUGUCACAGUGUAGCUCCUCUGCUGGUUUGCAGGUAGGACUAAAACACAGGAGCAUUGGGAGAGACUUCCACCCCUCUGGGAAAGGGCAGAAGAUGGGGGAUGGGCACCAAACCCAUCUGCAUCUCUACAGCUGGGUGUGAGGGAAAGUGCUGAAAGGCAAUGGGAAUGAGGGAAGCAGCCUGGCAAGUGGCUGGGGUGAAACAAAAGGGAACAGAGCACCAGAAAGCAGAGGGAUGGCUGAGCAAUAGGGAGAGCAGAUUACAGGAGGCAGUGCACAGAGUGUACUGGCAGAGGCAAUCUUAAAUGACAUGUUCCUCCGUGGCAGGCAUGAUAAGGUCUGUGUUUCUUGUUUCAGCCUGUGCAUCACCGAUUCUGGCCAUAAAUCAACCAGGGAGGAAACUGGCUGCAGGGUGAAGUCUCACAGAAGUCCUAGCAAAUGAGGUAUAAUAGAUGGUAGCCCAGAUCUUGUUUCACAUCACACCUCUCCUCCUUUUUUCCUUCCCCUCUGCUCUGACUGCAGAGCAUAUGAGGUGGCUUAACAGGGAAGGGACUUGCCAGGUGUGUAGGAACCACCUGCAAACAGAGAACAGAAGCCACCGGCCUUCCCAGCACAUCCCAAGCUCAACUAGGGACUUGACAGGCAGGUAUUUUUGUUCAGUGGUUAUAGACACGUAUGAUGCCUUGGCUGAUGCCUUGGCUGCUGAGCUUGGGAUGGCACCUGUGGGAGCUGAUUUUGGCUGGCUGGACCCCAAGUGGAAUUAAAACUUUCUGGUUUAAAGAAGUAUAUAGGUGUAUACACACUUAGAAUGACUUAAUACUGAGCAGAUCUCUGAGAUGCUUGAGUGCACCUGUCAAAAUAAUGAGCAAGUCAGCUACCAGCUUUUUCUGUACCAUAGCCAGCCUUCUGCUGCGGUGAGGUCAGGCACCAUCUUUCUCUGCAGAAUCCUCUUGGAAAUGUGCAGGACUGGAAAUGUAACGUAUCGAGUCAGGAAGCGUCUUGACAGUGCGUCUGCCUCAUCUUCCUGACGUGACUUUCCCCAUGGCUCUUCCUUUCUGUUCGUCACAGCGUUGUGGUAUCUAGGUUGCCCAUUAAGAAAGGAUAUUGUGUGAAGGUGAAAAAAUGCAUUUCACCAAGGCAUUGUUUUCAGAAAUCACAUCCAACUAAAAAUAUGGAAAAUGUCUUAAUAUUCCCUGGUUUGCUUUGUCCGUGCGUAGUAGUCCAUCUGUUGCAAAAAGCAGUAGUGUUAAAAAUGGAGAUGCUCUUUGGGCAGAAAAAGAGGAAAAAAAUGCUGAUGUUUUGUUCUUUGGCUUUAUUAGUAAAGAUCAAGCUAUGUGGUGGUAA